UUCGAUCUAUCCGCCAAGGGGUUGCUUGCCAUUGUCUUGUUUAACCACAGCAUCAUCAACCUUUUUUUUUCUUCCUUUGGGCCCAGCAACCGCAUUCUUUUAAUUAUAUCCGGCAUCGUUUUGCACCAGAAAGCGGAGGUUUCAAUACCUUGAAACGACAUACGCUAGCGACAGACUGCCUGGUCUGUGUUUAUUUUACCCUGCUGUUUACACUCCAAACAAUCCCAUACUCUCGACAAAAUGCGUCCCACUGCGACAUUGAUGCGACUGGCCUUGUGCCUUUCCUCGGCUGCUCCUCUGGUCUCAGCUUGGCCGGGCUGGCUGCCCGAGCUCGACGCGCUCGUUGUUCGUGCCGAUAAGGGUAGUGCAAACCCAACCAGCCCAACCAACCCACCAAACGAAGAAGGAAACACGGCCCAGCCAACCCAGCCAAGCCAAUCGGGUUCUAAGAAGACUGGCUCAAAGACGGAUGAUAGUAGCCACAAGAAGACGACCACUACCAAGAAGGCCGCACACCAUACCGAGUUUGAUCCCGAGGCUCCUCCAGGAAAUGUUGCCAUGCAGACACCCAAUGUUUUCGCUGGCAGUGCCCUGUACAAGAUUGAAGACUACGUCACCUGGGGCUGGAAUUACACAAACCUCCUUGGCACCCCAACCGCCAUCGAUGUUCUCAUCAGCUGCUCACAAGCCUCCGAGACCUGGACCCUCACCUCAAACAUGACCUUCAAGACCUCUGUUGAAUUCGUUUGGGACAGCAGCGCCCAGCCAACCCCGGCCGACCAGCCCUUCCCCGUCGCCAUGUACACCCUCAUCAUCAAGGAUUCCGAUGCCGCCAUCACCUCCAUUCCCGACCCUGGCUACUUGGGCACCUUUAACACCUUCACCUUUGGUCUGUACACCCCGCAGCCAUACGUUCCCUUCCCCGAGUGGCAUUGCGACGCCUGCAACGCAGCCCUUUCCAAGUUUGACCACCACGUUCUCGGCUUUGCCAUCACUAUGGGCCUGGUAACCGUGCUCAGCUUUACCUGGUUUGUUUCCGGCCUCGACAUCAACUAAUCAUGUCCCACGGCUGCGCAUUUUACAUAUCCGCAUACUGCUCGAUUGGUCUAGCUUCACCUACCAGACACAUCUUGCUCGACGUUUUGCGAAUAAUGUAGCCAGCGGGGCCUUUGGCGGGAUUGCAUACCGUGUUUGAGUUGUUGUUUGUUUUUUUAAAGCUUUUGGAGACGGGGCAUUAUUACAGGCGAUACUUUGCGGGUCAUUUUCAACGGCGUUUUUGUCUUUGUCUUUUGUGUCUUUCUCUUUUACGCGCGCGCUGCUUUGGAAAACAUGGGGGAGUAUUCAUAUUCGGACGACUCUUUUCAUGAUGGGCCACUCAAGAAAAAAAA